AUGAUAUUACUCCCUUGGGAUCAUCCCCAACGAAUACUGGUGCUGGAAGCCCAUUGUGUGAUAAAAACGGGGUCUCCCGCGCUUCUGACGUUGAAGUUCGGUUCGGUGCUGCGUCCCGAGGCCAAUUCAAUUGCACUCGACGACCACAUCUUCGUCGACGAUGCCAACUACAGCUCCGUGUUGGCCACUGCCGUGGGGGUAUCCAUGCCGCCACUGUACGUGUCGCAAAUCAAGCUCGCAGACGCUACCAAGUUGGCGGCGGUGGUCCGGGGCCUCCGACACGUGGAUGCGUGCCUGGCGCCGUGGAUCGCUACGCAGUAUGUUGAUGGAAACUGA